AUGGGUAAAAAGAAAAAUAAAAAUAAGGUUAGCGGUGCAGUCAAAACUGCUGCCAAAACAGAGAAGAAGUUGGCUAAUAAAUUAAAAAAAGAACUUGCGAAUUUAGGCGAGGAAGACAUAGCUAAAGUAAUAGCCGAAAUCGAGAAAGAAGAAGCGAAACGCGCGGCGGCUUCUGAGAAGACGUUGCCUCAGCCACCGUCUGCUCGCGCUUACGCUAGCCUGACGCCGCAUCCCACUAACAAUGAACUUAUUGUGUUUGGAGGAGAAUUUCACAAUGGACAACAGACAGAAGUUUACAAUGAAUUAUUAUUUUUCAAUCCCGUCACUGGUGUUUGGAGACAAGUGAAGGCACCUGGCGCGCCACCUCCUCGAAGUGCACACCAGGCUAUAGCUAUUCCAUCAAAUAAGGGAGAGCUCUGGAUCUUCGGGGGAGAGUUCACCAGUCCAACAGAAACUCAAUUUCAUCAUUAUAAAGAUUUAUGGUGUUUCUCACUUGCUGAGAAGAAAUGGGAAAAGGUUGUAGCUCCAAAUGGUCCUUCCCCUCGUUCCGGUCACCGUAUGGUCCAACUUGGAAGGAAGCUAUACGUCUUCGGUGGAUAUAAUGAUGAUGGACGUGAGUGUAGAUACUUCGACGACCUCUACCACUUCUGUCUCGACACUCGAACGUGGACAAAACUGACAGUCAGUGGUAGGGGACCCUGUGCGAGGUCCGCUUGUAUUAUGUUACCCGUGGGGAAUGAAGCUCUCGUAAUAUACGGAGGUUUCUCAAGAGUUCGGGAAGGACGGACUGAACGCACACAAACACAUACGGAUAUGUUCAAACUGAGCAUCAAAGGCAACUCACACACGUGGCGGUCACUCUCCGGCGGGAAUAAGGCCCGCGCCGGACUGGCCGCGGCUGUUAACGUACAUAGUAACAGAGGAUAUGUUUUUGGAGGAGUGUGUGAUGUUGAAGAAACUGAAGAGGAACUUCGUGGUGAGAUGAGUGAUGAGCUUCAAGUGUUGGAUCUAGAGACAUGUCGGUGGCAUCCAGUCAUAUUGAAAACACAGACACAAGCACAGAGUGUACCGACACAGGAUACACACGGACAAGAUGAUACUAAGGAAGCUGUUACUGUGGUAACAGAUGAAGUGUUCACUAUGAAGCUCGGUACGGCCCCAAGUCUACAGUCGCCCACACCAGUUCAGCAAACAGAAAGAGUGUCUUCAGGCCCAACGGCUCGUAUGUCUGCUAUGAUGGCUGUACAACGAUCAGUGCUUUAUGUGUACGGAGGUGUACUUGAAAAAGAUGACAAACAGUUUUAUCUUGGAGAUAUGUACAGCUUAGAUUUACACAAACUAAAUGAAUGGAAGACAAUCAUAGAACAGCCAACACUUCCAGACUGGCUCGGAACAGAUUCAGAAUAUGAAACAAGCUCGGAGAGUGGAACAGAAGACAGUGAUGACUCCGGUGAUGAAUAG